CAGAUACCUACUCCCUGUAUUUCCUACAAUGGCAUCAGCUGUAUUUAUUUUAAAUUUAAAAGGGAAGACCAUUAUAUCAAGGGAUUACCGCGCCGAUGUUCCCAUAUCAGCGGUUGAGAAAUUUAUACCAUUAAUAACAGAGCUAGAAGAAGAAAAUGGGUGUGCAACUCCUUGCUUAACUCAUGAAGGAAUUAAUUAUAUUUAUGUUCAACAAAACGAUGUUUACCUCUUGGCUUUAUCUAAAAGGAAUACUGAUGCAAUGGAGAUGCUUGUUUUUCUCAGAAAAUUGGCGGAUCUGUUUAUAGAUUACUUUAAAGAACUUCAAGAAGAAUCUAUUCGGGAUAAUUUUGUGCUGGUAUACGAACUGCUAGACGAAGUUAUGGAUUUUGGAUUUCCACAGACUACUGAAACGAAAAUCCUUCAAGAAUAUAUAACACAGACUUCUAACACUUCACAAACACAAGUUGCACCGCCUAUUGCCAUGACAAAUGCUAUUUCGUGGCGUUCGGAAGGAAUCCAUUAUCGUAAAAAUGAGGUAUUUUUGGACGUUAUUGAAUCUGUCAAUUUGAUUGCUGCACCUGAUGGUACCAUCAUCCAGAGUGAGAUUCUUGGAAAAGUCCAUUUGAAAUGUUACUUGUCAGGAAUGCCUGAACUUCGUCUUGGUCUCAACGACAAAGUACUUUUUGAAGCAGCUGGUCGUACUAUCAAAGGAAAUGCUGUUGAAAUGGAGGAUGUAAAGUUCCAUCAAUGUGUUCGUUUGGCAAGGUUCGAGAAUGAUCGAACUAUUUCCUUUAUUCCCCCUGACGGUGAGUUUGAUUUGAUGACUUAUCGCCUUAACUCAAAUGCACGACCUCUUAUAUGGGUCGAGUGUGAUUCGAUCGUUCAUUCAGGCUCUCGUAUCGAGUUUAUGGUGAAGGCAAAGGCUCAGUUCAAGAAGAGGUGUAUUGCAAAUAACGUAAAAAUCAUCGUACCUGUGCCAGAAGACGCAGAUAGUCCGCGAUUCCAAUCAAGUAAUGGCCAUGUACAGUAUGCCCCAGAGCAGGCGGCGAUGAUAUGGAACAUUAAAAAGUUUUCCGGGGGAAAAGAGUUUUUUAUGCGAGCUGAGAUGGGUUUGCCAAGCGUUCAUGGUGAAGAAACAAACAAACAUAUAAAACGACCAGUUCAAAUGAGUUUUGCCAUUCCAUAUUUUACUACUUCUGGAAUCCAAGUACGAUACUUAAAGAUCACUGAGCCAAAAUUGAACUACCAUGCUAUGCCCUGGGUUAGAUAUGUUACGCAGAAUGGCAAAGAAUAUGCCAUUCGUCAGUGAUGGGUUUACACAAAUAAAAACAAUUUGAUAGCAUGCACGUUAGCAUACUCGCUUACGAAAAUUUAAUUGUCGCAUAGAUUGUUUACGAUCCUUAACAUUUAUAGAAAUGACUUUCAUAAUGUAAAAGACGAUUUACUUUUACAAAGAAUUUA